AUGGUCAGCGCUUUAGUGGUCCGGGGGCUAGAGGAUGCUGGGUUAAAGCGUUUCAUACCAGCUUUUGCGGGCAUUUCGGACCAAGCCUUCUUUGGACUCAUGAUGAGCGAUUAUCCAAGCCAUGGCAUUGUUGAACUUGAAGACAAACAGAAACUGUUUCGCCUGAUCAAGUCAAUAUCAGCGGCCUCAAAGGCAUCGGGCGAAACGCCUUCCCACCCCGCAGUGGAGAAACCAAACGCUCUGAUCGAUCUCGAUGAGAAUGACGGUGACCUUCUUGCAGAUGCCGGUGUUGCUUUCCAGCUGUCGCCGUUGUCAAAUCAGAAGGCAGCAGCUCCGUCUGCAGGUCCAACAAGCAACCAGGACGAUCCGCCGAAGAUUCGCGUUGUCGUUCGGAAGCGGCCAAUCAGCAAAAAGGAGCGGGAGCGCGGUGACGAGGACGUGGUUGAUGUGCUGGCCAAGUCAAGCACGGUUGUCGUGAAUGAGGAGAAGGUGAAGGUGGAUCUCACCAAGUACGUCGAAAAGCAUGCCUUCAAGUUCGACGAGGCUUUGGAUGAGCACGUUAGCAACGAGGCCGUGUACCAGCUCACUGUGGGGCCCCUUGUGCGCACAUUAUUCCGCAGCGGUCGUGCCUCUUGCUUUGCGUACGGCCAAACCGGUAGCGGUAAGACGUAUACAAUGUCGCCGCUGCCGAUUCGGGCCUCAGCCGACAUCUUCUCAUACAUGGCGCAGCAACAGUAUCGCGAUAUCAGCCUAUGCGUCUCGUGUUUCGAGAUCUAUGGCAACAAGGUUUUUGACUUGCUUAAUCAACGCAAGAAGCUUAACAUUCUGGAGGACGGAAAGCGCAAGGUCGUCGUCGUGGGCCUCAAGGAGUUCACCGUCGACGAUGUUGAGGGCGUGAAGGCGCUUAUCGAGGAGAGCUCCAAGCAACGCUCCACCGGCUCCACCGCAGCCAACUCAGAUUCGUCAAGAUCGCAUUCCAUCAUGCAGUUCGCGCUCAAGAGGGCAGCACCCAUCGCACCAGGCGGCUUUCGCCGCGGUGAGGAGCCCCCGGAACCCAAGGUUGUGGGAAAGAUCAGUUUCAUCGAUUUAGCAGGCAGUGAGCGCGGCGCGGACACUUUCGACAACAAUCGCCAAACGCGGCUUGAGGGCGCGGAGAUCAAUAAGUCGCUGCUGGCCUUAAAAGAGUGCAUCCGUGCCUUGGACAGCGACGCGCGCCACGUCCCGUUUCGUGGCUCUAAACUUACGGCCGUUUUGCGGGACUCGUUCGUGGGCGACCAAGCACGGACCGUAAUGAUAGCCAACAUCUCUCCAUGCUCAACGUCGGUAGAGCACACGCUGAAUACGCUCCGAUAUGCCGAUCGUGUCAAAGAGCUUCGCAAAGACAAGGCCGAGCGCACCCCUGGAGGCGUGACACCCGGCGACGAAGCCUACUAUGCCGCCGUGGCGCGGGCAGCCGUGCCGGAACCCGAGCCAACAGAACGAGACAAGGAUCGCUUCGAUCACCGGGACCGCGACCGCGGCCUAGAACGAUUUGCUAGUCCGCCGCGACAGCAGGGGGGUCGUAUGAUUGGUGUGGGGGCCCCUCCCGGCGAUGCGGACGGCUCUGCUGCGGCGCUUGCGGAGCGCCAUGAUGAGCUUAUGGAUAGCAUUUUGCUAGAGGAGGAAAACCUGGUGGCCUUCCACCGUGCCAAGCUAGAGGAGGACAUGGAGACGAUGCGGCAGGAGAUGGCUCUGCUGCAGGAGGUCGAUAAGCCGGGCAGCGAGAUUGAUCAUUACGUGGAGCAAAUGACGGCGCUAUUGAACAUAAAGCGCCAGGGCAUCCAAGAGCUUCAGGGUGAUGAAGACGUGAUGCUCGUUAUAAGCCCACCCGGAAAGACGAUUAUCCGUCCUGCAGGUUACGGCCGAUCAACUGGCUUACUGUUAAUUCUACUGUACAACUGGCUUAUGGUUAAUUCGGUGUCUUUGCAUUAUGAGCACUCUGUGCUUGAAAUGGCCGCCGAAGUGCCGCAUAGGCUGUCUUGCUCCAUGGAAUUAAGCAAGGACUCUGAGGAGGCCCACGGUAUGUGCGUGAUUGCCAUAAACCCGAUCACCUCUCGGCGGCAUGCAUUACGAGCUGCGGCAACGUCGCCACCACUGUUCCCACGACCCCUUGCUCGCGGUUAG